AUGAGUAAAGCUUGGUACUUUUGUUCUGUUAAAGUGCUUCUGAACAAGACAUCUUCCUCUGCAGGAAGACGUGCCCCUCUCUUGCUCGGUUUAUUCGGUCUGCUGGUGUACCAGGUGCUGCAAAUGGUCAACACACUCGUUUUUUCCAUGUUCAGUGUUUAUUAUAUGCAGUUCUUGGCCGAAUUGGUGCUUGGUUUUGUGGGCGGCAGUGCGACGUCAUUCAUCGGCACAAUAUCAAUUAUCACCGAUGACUCAAGGCAUGAGCUGUUACCGGUAAAUUUCUUGCGUAUUGGUUUUUCGAUGGACCGUUCAGCGUAA